AUGUCCCACGUUUUGGUGCCUUGCCAUGUGAAAGGCACCGUAGCCCUGCAGGUGGGCGACGUAUGGACCUCCCAAGGCCGGCCUGGUGUGCUGGUCAUUGAUGUCACCUUACCCUGCGUCACUCUGUUCGAGGAGAUCACGUUUAAGAAUUAUUACACAGCGGCCGGGCAUGCUUUUUUGAGCAUCCAUGUCUGUCAGCACACCUCAGCACACACACCGGCCAAGUGGGUGACCUACCUGCGGGACUACUGUCUGAUGCCCUACCCACACAGUGAGGAGGGAGCCCAGGAGUAUGUGUCGCUGUUCAAGCAUCAGAUACUGUGUGACACGGCCAGAGUAUCGGAGCUACACCUGAUUCUGCGGCAGCCAUCACCAUUGUGGCUGUCUUUCACAGUGGAGGAGCUGCAGAUCUAUCAGCAAGGACCAAAAAGCCCCUCCAUGAUCUUCCCCAAGUGGCUCUCCCACCCAGUGCCCUGUGAGCAACCUGCACUCCUCCAUGAGGGUCUGCCAGACCCCAGCAGGAUAUCCUCUGAGGUGCAGCAGAUGUGGGCACUGACAGAGAUGAUCCGGGCCAGUCACACCUCCGCAAGGAUCGGCCACUUUGAUGUAGAUGGCUGUUAUGACCUGAACUUGCUCUCCUACACUUGAAUGGUGGCUCCUAGCCAAGAUGUUGGCCUUUCUGUGCCCACUCAGA